AUGGGGCCGAACUAUGUCAUCACCAAGGAUGGCCAACUGAAGGAAUUUGUCAAGGCGGAGCUGUGUGCCUGGUGGGGCAAUCCGGCAUGCUGGCAUGGGGUUCCACCCACGUAUUCGUUCCCUGGCGUCGGCACGCUGAGCGAAGUCCACUAUUAUUCUAUUUCAGUGGCUUUGGAAGGGGAUGGAGACAAAGAUCAGGAUGAAGAUCACCAAAGCCACUUCACUGAUCAGCAGUACAAGACACUUGUGGAGUUUAUCAGUGAUCUACAGAAGGCCUAUCAGAUCAAGCCCUGGAACAUCCUCGGGCUGGCGGAGGUUUGCAUGUUGUCUGACGUCACCUUCGAUGCUGAGCCCUUGCAGCACCAAAAUGGUGACGGCACGAGCGAGGAUGUGGAGAAACUGAUGAUCAAAUGGGGCUAUGGCCUUGGUGAGGGGGGAGGAAGCAACCAAUAGUAUUAGGCUGGCUAGCUUCGGCUACCGGUACGGAUGUGAAGGCAAAGAACAGUGUGAAAUGAAGUUGAGGGCUCUGAUUGAUGCCCGAGAUCAGACUGUCAAGAGUCGCUAGCAAGGUCACUCAUGUGUCGACAACUGACGCGUGCGUUGGCGUCGGUGGGGGCCUGUGAGUGAGCAUUCUUUCUGAGGAAAGUUUGCAUGCUCCACGGCAGCGCUGUCAUGAUUGGUAGAAAACAAAGACAAC